AUGGCUGCUAAAUACAAUUGGUGUGUGGCGUCUACCACAAAAUUAAUAGAGAUGUAUGAAGCGGAUGAGGCACUUUAUAAUGUGAGGCACCCUGAUUACAAAAAUAGAUUGAGAAGAUUGGAGAGCUAUAAAAAUAUAGCGGAGGUCAUUAGCCGUGACAUACGGCCUGGCUGUACGGUAGAAGACAUUAAGAGGAAGAUCAAUGGCCUCCGUACUAGCUACGCGUGCGAGAAAGCAAAAAUGCAUAAAAGCAAAAGUGGAGCCAGUGCGCAGGCGGCGUACACACCACAAGUGUACUGGUUCCAGAUGCUUAAAUUCCUCGACCAGUCUACUGAGGCCGACGAUAGUUUGUGCAACCUGGAGAGCCCUGAAAGUGAAACGGGAAGUGAACGUGCCACUCCGACAUAUGAGGAGAUGAGUGCGCAUGCGGUACAAGAGCCUGUCGCAUGUAGCGAGGCUCAGCCACAGCCCCUGCGUCAAGAGCGGCCUCCCACGAAAAGGAGGAGAGCCACGCCUGACGUGGCCACAAAUGUAAUGGUGGAGGCCACCAAGACACUUCAGGCUGUGGCUGAUGCUGCCAGAUCCAUGCCUGUCCAAGAAGACCGCUACGGCACCCUUGGCGCCCACAUUGCAGCAGAACUGCGUGAAAUGGAGAAGGUGGGCGGCAGGGAAUACACCACUGUCACUGCGCACAGUCUGCAGCGGACAUUAAUGGACAGGUGGGAUUUGCUGCAUGCGACAGCCCGGGCACAACAAGCACAACCGUCCACCUCAGGUUAUAUCCAGGCUGCCUUGCAGCAGGCUGGAAUAGAGGAUGAAGACUCGAUGUUAUAAUUAUAAAUAUAUAUGUGUGUAUUAUUUUUGUAUCUCUCCAAUCUUCUUAAUCUAUUUUUAUAAUCAGGGUGCCUCACAUUGUAAAGUGUCUCAUCCGCUUCAUACAUCUCUAUUAAUUUUGUGGUAUCACACAUCAAUUGUAUUUUGCCAUGUAA